CGCUCACGAAACAAAUUAACACAUUUCAAUAUUGUGUUAUGAAUUUUCCAUUUUAGAAAAUAAAUGGCAAACAUGAAUGUUGCAUGUGUGGUUUUGGUGAUAUGCAUGUUUGUUUGCACCUAUGCAGAAGCUAUAAUUUACUGCUAUGAUACAGCUGAUAUUAUUAAACCAUGCUUUAUUUAUCUUUUAACUGACUUUGACUUUCCAGAAAUUGAGCCAGAUUGUUGUAAUGCAGUAAAGAAAGUUGAUGAUGCUGCCAUCACCAAACGUGAUCGUAGGGAAACUUGUAGCUGCUUGAAGCAACUUGCUAGUAAUAUUUUUCAUCUUGAUGUGGAUAAAGGUGAUAGACUUUUUGGCUUAUGUGAGGCUAAGAUUCACUACAAGAUUAACCCCAAUGCAGAAUGUGCUAAAAUCAAGGCAGAGGAAAUUGUGGCUAAUGCACGAUCGGGGAACAUUCUCACUACUAUAUGACAAUGCUUUAAAAGAUUGAUGGAGGCUCAUCUUAAAUACAACCCAACACUCUUAUUUAAAUUUGAGUUUCAGAUUAUUCAUCAUUUUUUUUUUUUUUUUAAGAAUUAUUCAUCAUAUUAUUAGCUCAAAAAUAAUAUGGGUUUCCAAUUUGAAAGUUUUUCGAUAAAUUCGUUAACAAUUGUUAACAA